AUGUCUGUGUGGGGAAGUCAGUGGCACCACAACCAUCCUGUCUUUCUGUUUGGUACUUUUGUUACUACGUUAUUUCUCUUCUCAGUUUUCACAUAAUAACAACAUGUUCUUCCCUCAAAUCAAUUGCAUGUCUGUUUCUCUGAAAACUCAAGAUCUUGAAGGCCAAUGAUGUCUCUGAGAAGAAGUACCAUGCAGGGGGGAAUGUCAGAUGCUUAAGAUUCCAAUGCUAUUUCUAUUUCUAUAACCAAAGGUUGGAGGUGUGCGAGUUGAUAUAGAAUGGCAUCUUCAUGGGAACAUUUUGGGGAGAUUGCAAAUGUGGCCCAAUUAACAGGCUUAGAUGCCGUGAGAUUAAUCGGGAUGAUUGUUAAAGCUGCAAAUACAGCGCGGAUGCACAAGAAGAAUUGCAGGCAGUUUGCACAGCAUCUGAAAUUGAUUGGAAACUUACUGGAUCAGCUGAAGAUCUCGGAGCUUAAGAAGUACCCCGAAACUCGGGAGCCUCUAGAACAGCUAGAAGAUGCUCUUAGAAGGUCUUACAUUUUGGUCAAUAGUUGUCAGGACCGCAGCUAUCUUUAUUUGCUGGCCAUGGGAUGGAACAUUGUUUAUCAAUUUAGGAAGGCUCAGAAUGAAAUCGAUAGAUACUUGCGCCUUGUUCCUCUCAUUACUCUAGUCGACAACACUCGAGUCAAUGCUCGAGUCAGGGAGAGACUUGAAGUUAUUGAAAAGGAUCAAUGUGAGUACACAUUGGAUGAUGAUGACCAAAAGGUUCAGACUGUUUUUUUGAAACCAGAACCUGACAAAGAGGACACAGUAGUGCUGAAGAAAACUCUUUCAUGUACUUACCCAAAUUUUUCUUUCACCGAAGCACUUAAAAAAGAAAACGAAAAGCUUCAACUAGAGCUACAACAUUCACAAGCAAAUAUGGAUUUAAAUCAAUGUGAAUUCAUUCAACGUUUACUAGAUGUCACAGAAGUUGCUGCUUAUUCUCUUCCAGAGAACUUAUCACCUGAACAUAGUCACAAGAAAGUAGAAUACAGUAAAGACAGUUAUUCUGAUGCCAAUGGCAGAAAAGGUCAUUCUUCUGAUGAAAAACACCGUAACAAAAGUGACCCUCUUUCAGAAUCAAAAUCCUCAGUUUCAGAAAAGAAUCUGCUUUCAACUAAAACUUCACAUCAUCAGGAAGAUUGGCAUACUGAUUUACUUGCUUGUUGUUCAGAACCUUAUCUUUGUGUAAAGACAUUAUUCUUUCCCUGUGGGACACUUUCAAAGAUUGCUACUGUUGCAUCCAACAGGCCAAUAUCUUCUGCAGAAGCAUGCAAUGAAUUGAUGGCCUAUUCGAUGGUUUUAUCAUGCUGCUGCUAUACUUGCUGCAUAAGGAGGAAGCUUAGGAAGAUGAUGAACAUAAAGGGAGGCUAUGUUGAUGAUUUUCUUUCUCAUCUGAUGUGUUGCUGCUGUUCCCUUGUGCAAGAAUGGAGAGAAGUGGAAAUCCGUGUGCUAUAUGGUCUUGAGAAGACCAACACAAGCCCUCCAACUCCACAGUAUAUGGAAUCUUAAAUAACAAAUUAGGUUGUAUUUGGUUGUUUAGGGUGUAAAUACCAUAUUAUAGACAAUUGGCUAUUGGAUUUGAUUCUCACACAGCUUGCCAUCAAUUGCCUAUAUGUAAAGUAGCUUUCUAUAUCUAUAUACAAAAAAAGUAGCAUUUAGAGCCUG